AUGGAAUUUGACCAUUUCAUCAACCUCUGCGGUCAAUCUGUCUUCGCAGAAGAGUAUCGAGGAGAUCUCGAUACCGCAUGGAAGCUCCUUCAAGAACAACCAACUAAUCUCCCCGUUGGUCCAGAGUACGCACAGCUCUUGCGAUGCAAAACAAUAUAUGCGAUUUUGACUGGAAAUUUGAAGAACGCAUAUGAAAAUCUACACAUUCUCUAUGGCAUUCUCGAUCAAAUACCCCAAGAAUGGGGCUUGCGCUAUACCAACUACCUCCUCAUGGCGGAUUGGACCCGUCGCUAUCCCCCAUCUCUACGCUUUUACCACGAACGCGGUCUCCCUCGCAAUGUCUCCAUGGUAGGUGAUCUACUCGGACCCGAUGAUCUGACACAAAAGUUCUUGACAAAUUUCAAUCAAUAUCUGCCAACGAGUAUCCUGCGAGACCAAGUCUUCUGCUACAUUCUGAAUACCGUCCAACUUGCUGUUCCUCAUCUUACACGGCAUUUGACUUCCGUAUACCACCCGCUUUCUCCUGGCAGCUCUUACCAUCAGCCCGUUGCGGACCCGGCACCUUUCAUUGCUGAAAUGACAAAAUCUGUGGUUAAGUUUCAAGGAAUCGCAAUUGAGAAUGGCGCGACUAGCAUUGCAUUGUAUCUUGACCGCUUGCUUGUGGAAUUUUAUCUUACUUGCCAAAGGCCUUCGGCGGUUAUGGAUCUACAAGGAUUGUACUCUAGAUAUGAGGCCAGUGGCGAUAGGGUGGGAAUGGCAAAUUGCAAGGUGAUGGAAGGCGACGGCCUCGUCAGCCCUCCUUUCGCAAGCCCCCUCUCUUUGAACAUGAUUAUCACCGAUGCUUCUUCUGCUAUAGCUGAGGACACGGCAUGGGAUCCCGUUGAAGUCGACUUGAUCUUCGAUUAUUCUGCACAAGCUCGGCAAUGCUAUGAGGAUGCCCUCGAUCUCUUCCAGGAGGCCAACUGCAAGCGUGGUCAAGCAGCGGUCUUGCUUCGACAGGGCUGCUGUUUGCACACUGCAGCACGUCAUCAACAAACGAAGAAGGGAAUAGAUACCGAUAUCCUCGACAGUGCAGAGGAAAAGUUAAAGCUUGCUAUUGACCUCUUCGGAAAAGACGAAGCAAAUGUGCAACUUGUGAAAGCUCACCAGAUCUUGGUCUCUAUCAGCAGAGGCACACAUACGAACAUCACUGCAAGGGAAAUAGGGCUUUGGUGUGCUGGUGCUAAGAACGAACAACUCGGACAUUUUAUCGGGCUUCUUCUAUCCCGCUAUGGACGACAAGAGUGGUUCCGAUUCUCCCGCAUGAACACAGCACUUUCGGCCUGGGACUCCGCAUAUGAAGUAUCAGAUGCUCUCGAUGAUGCAGUCCCCAAGUUCCAGGCAACGGUUUCUCGGGCAUGGGUUCAUCACGAGCUGUUCAACUCAACAGGCGCAAGAGUCUACCUAGCGGAUGCGAUAGCCAUGGUCGACCAAGUCAGCGAACAUUACGAGACUAAGAUCCAAGCUGCGCCAGAUACUCCGAUAGGCAAAAUGGAUCGGACGUCGUUGCAAAUCGCGAAAUUCAACACGCUGUGGACUUUCAGUCGUAAGGUGAGCAGUAUCUAUCUCCGAGUAGAGGACUUAGCUGCCUUUGAGAAAUGGCAAGAGAAAUUGGUCUAUUGGAUUCAGCAUGAUGACAGUUUUCGGGAGUUCCGUGAAAGAUUACAACAGAGUCAUGAUUCCGGGUCGACUCGCUCUGAAGUUUUUUAUAAUCCGAAGAAAAAGAAAUACCUGUGGCAGAAGACCAUGGCGGACGAUGAAGUUAAUGUUAGGUCUGCUGCUGCGGAGAUCACUUACCAUCGGUACCUGGAAGAAGGGAAUGUGGACAAAGCAGAAGACACACUCCGAUUGUUCGUGGAUCAGGCAGGAAAUAUGCCAAAGGUCUAUACAAGGGACCUCCGCCGCAUCCUAGCAUGCAAGCGUAUCGGCGAUUUGACGAAGGCUCGUGAAAUUUUGGAUACUAUAGACGACAAUAGCCUGUUCAACGACUGCCUCGAAGACUUCCAGCAGGGUAUCGGAGUCAGGUCGGCAUUUCCCACGAUAGCAGGCAAUGCUUUGAAUUUCACUGUCUUUGGGGGAGACUAUGAGAGAGCUUGUCGGAUAGUUGACCUUAUCAUCGAAAUUUCUCCGACGUUCUUCGACCAACUAAACGAGAACUCCCUGGAUCACUCUUUUCGACUGAGCUACUACAGCGCAAUCAUGAUGCAUAACCACCGUCCAGAGGUUGCAUUUUCAAGACUGAUUCAAGUCCAGAGAGCAAUUGAGCUUCGUCGAACACAGAUAGCCGACGUCGAUGCCCGUAUUGGGAGCUCGUGGGCAGGUUGGACGUGCGAGGUCUUUAUCAACCUCGCAACCCUUUGUCUGAGCUGCAGGAGUGCCAACAUACCUGUUGGCAUCAUAGCCAGCUAUGACCAUGGCCAUGCGGCUGGCGUCUCUUGGGCUGAGCAUGCUCUUCUAUUUUCCGAACGCAGUCGAGCUCGUGCAGUACUCGAAUCAUUACAGGUGCAGGCUGAUCAUGGGCAAUCUGUCGAUUCUAGAACUACUUUCCUCUUAGAAGUAGUCUAUAAGCGAAGAACUUUGAGGACAUUGUUAUCACUCCAAAACCGAAGCCCGGAGCAGGAAGAGGAGAUCCUACGUCUUGAGCAAGAUAUCAAAAGCCAAGAAAGCGAAGAACUCUCCUCUACAACGAUUUUUAUCGAAAAUUCUAAUACCAUUAUCCAUCCGCAGCUACUCUAUCAAUGCAUUGAUGAGAACGCUGUGGUGAUCGAGGCAACAUUUGGCCCUCAGGGCUGCAUUGUGUUUGCAGUGACUCGAGAAGGCAUCCAACAAUUGCACCAGGGCUCAACGCGCAAUGUCGAUAUUCGCAGACCCGUCAUGAAGAUAAUGCAGAUUAUGAAAGAGAUGACAGGUUACCACGGCGAAGAAGAGCAAGCCCGCAAAAAACAAAUCAACAUACUAUCGCGCUCGAUCUCAGCAGAGCUCUUAGAUCCAUUCACAGAAACCAUCAAAUCAAAAACCCACAUUAUCUUCUCCGUCUCAGACCCCCUCACAGCCUUCCCCUUCUCAGUCCUCCAAUUUGACAACGAGCCCCUAAUCAAACACGCCGCCAUAUCCCAAGCGCCCAGCCUAACAAUCCUCCACUACCUCUCUCAGCGAAAAGCAACCCAAGGCACACCAAAAGUCUCCGUCUUCGCCAAAUCCCCGACAAAAGAAAGUAGCAACACAAACAGAUCCAACAAAGAAGCAAAUUUGCACAUGGCAGGCAUCGAAGCAAUCAACAUCGCACGCCUGUUCUCAACCUGGCCAAUCGAAGCAUCCCACCUAACCAGACAAGCAUUCCGCAAACACGUCGAAGGCGACUCCCUCAUCCUGCACAUCGGCACGCACGGCGAUAUCAACCACCGCAACCCGCUCCUCUCGUCGAUAUCAAUCGGACAAGGCCAGGACUUCCGCGUUCUAGACAUGUCCGCCAUCCACAGCAAAGUCAGUCUGCUUGUGUUUGCGGCCUGUCUGAGCGGGCUGGGCAAGGCAACGACCGGGAACGAGGUACUGGGUUUCUCGCAUGUUGUUCUGAGUACCGGGUGUCAGGCGUAUAUCGGGACGUUGUGGAAAGUCAGUGACUUCGGAUCGAUGUUGAUCAUGACGCUGUUCUAUCGGUUGCUCAAGGAUGAAGUGCAUUUGUCGGUGGCAGAGGUACUGCGGCGGGCGCAGUUGGAGUUGAUCGGGCUUGAUAGUGAGAAGGUGGGUUUGUUGCUCGAUGGUAUGCUGGAGAAUUGGACAGCGCCAGGUGAUCAGGGUCGUAGUCCUGCGGAGUUUGUGCCAGACGCACAGUUCUUGUUGUUGACGACGAAAAUGAUACUGGGUCAGUUGGAUUGGACCAGUCCUUUCUACUGGGCUCCUUUUACGUUGAUGGGAUAUGGGGAUUUUCGAUUUUUACCUGCGUCGACUUGA